UCCUACUCACUUCCAGAUGGAGUCACUCUGGUCAUGUUUCAUUAAACCAGAGGCCUGGUGAGCAGUGGGAACCUCAACGUCGGGCCAGUCGGUGAGAAGUUCCAGAGGCUGGCCCUCGCAGCUCGUGUGUGUGUGUGUGUGUGUGUGUGUGUGUAGGUGUCUUGGGGCUAAGCCCUCACCCUGUGGGAUCUGACACUAUCUGCAGGUACUGGAAUGGUGGAAUGGUGUUGGAGGACACCCGGCUGGUGUCCGCUGCAGAACUGACGGCUUGCUCAGUGGCGGGGAGACGCCCCCCACUCCCCCACAUUUGGCCCUAGCAGUCUUGGGAGUCCUCUGUGUUGAUGUCUUCUGUGUCACGUGAGAGACAGGAUAAAUGGUUUGAGAGUUUUUUUCAAACAGCCCUCCUCCUAAUGCAGCUUGCAUGUUUCUGCAUCAGAGGGUCCUGUCUUGAAGGGGGCAAACGCACCCAUGCUCUCGUCCCACAAUUCUUACUGAGCCCCUGCGGUGGCAGGGAUGGCCCCAGGUGCUGGCUGCACAGACAGAACCCCCUGCCCUCACCGCCAACUUUCUAGAGGGGAAGACGCGGACUGCUUCCGGCCACAGCCUACUGAAGCCUCCUGUCCGCAGAGACAGCUGGGCCAUCGCCCCCAAAGCUGUGGAAGCCCCACCCACGAAGCCAUCAUACCACGGCCAGGACAUCUCGUGACACACAGAGCCCCAGCCUCAGCCUGCAUACACACACACACGCACACACGCACCACACACACUCACUCAUGCAAAACACACAGCCACAUUGACUUCACCCCUAGAUUUGAGACGGGGUGUUACAGGUGUCUCUCAGCCCCAGCACCCUCCUGACCACAGGGCCACCUGCCCACCCUCGCAUUUCCCCACACCCUCCCCCUAUUCCCGUGUGGGGUUCAGAAGACCCCUCCCUGGCGCUCACCCUGUCACCCAGAAAGGAAACGCACUGUCAACUGGAGAACAGGCCGGUGGCAGAGCCCCAGCGCCCACAACCCCUCGGAGAGGGCCUAGCGGGAGGAGAGGCACCCACCGGUGGCGGAGCCCCAGUGCCCUGGCAGAAGCCAGCACCCACAACCUCCCACCUCCCAACCCUUGCGGGUCUCCCCACCCCUGCCUGGGGGAUGGCCAAGGAACAGCCCAGCCUGGAGCGGGGAGCAGGGACAAGAUGACCUCAGGAAUCCCAGGCUGCGGGGGUGCCUGCGUCCUCCCCUCCCCUGCUCCACUCUGCAGGCGAGACCCCCAACACUGCUCCCCGACACUCUCCGAGGCACCCCUCCUCCGUGCUCACGCCCAAAACACGUCUGCUCACCAGUGGGCCUCCCACCCCGACCACGACGAGGACUGGCCACAAGUCCAGAUGUCAGUGACGGUCACCCCGACCUGGUCCCCUGUCCGGCCUCGCCAGGUCAGCACCUGCCGCGCGCACGGGGUGGAAGGAGGCCGGGCCUGGCCGUGGCUCAGGCGCCACCUCGCUGGGGAAAUUGGGAGGUGGUCUCAGCCCCCUUCUGGGCCUCAGCCUCCCCAUCUGUCCCAAGGAGUCAGGGUAGGCCUGGACGGCGCGGGGACCCCCACCGCGGGCUCGCCGACUCCGCCCCCCCGGAGGCCCCUCCCGCGUCCCGCCCCUGCCCCCGCCCCGGGGCCGCGCGGCUGCCUGGGAGGCUCCGGGCCAGCAGCGGUCCAGAGCGCGCGAGGUUCGGGGAGCUCGGCCAGGCUGCUGGUACCUGCGUCCGCCCGGCGGCCUCCCCGAAUGUUUCCAAAGAUCUGGGGCGGGAGCGGGCGGAGACUGCCGCCAGGAGCCUCCCGGCCGGCCCAGGGCUGCGCAGCCACCGGAGCCCAUCACCCGACUCCAGACGCUGCUGGCUCCUCUACGUGGGCCGGGAGAGACGGCCUUGCUGACUAGGGGAGGGGGCACGGGACCUUGCAGAGCUCCUGGCCGGAAAGGGAGGAUUGACCGCCCCCCGCAUAUCACUCCGGAGCACUGUAACCCGCCCCCGCUUCUUGUUCUGGCACUGGUGGUG